CCAUGACAGGAGCGACUUGUCUAAAGAUACAGGGAACUUACAGGGCCGUCUUCCGAUUGUACUGCACUUGACAAUUUGGUGAGGGUUGGGUGAUGAUUACUGAAAAUGCGGACGCGAGUAAUUUGAACUGACUAUUCGCAGCGAUGCGAAGUGAUUCACAUUCAAAUCUAUCAAGCAAGACAUGCAACUUGAUACCUCCACGGGUUUUGGGGCCGAAACAAGGCGCUGCAUUGAGGGUUUUGGGAUCGAACAAGACAGCGAUUCCACGUUCCAACUGCUACCGAGCGGGCGAGCGCGGGAUUCAGAGCUCUUUGGCAACCUUUCUCUUCGCCGGAGCGAUUCUAGACCUGCAGGUUGGUAAAUAAAUGACGCCGAGCUUCAGAAUUGCGAUCACCGGGGCAUGAGCUUCGGUACAAAUUCUGAUCAAAAUGAUUAAGGCAAAGAAGUUUCGCCGGAGAGCUGAUGAUGAUGAUGCUGAUACAGAAGAAAAUGAGAAAGUUUUGAUUAAACCAGCCUUAGAUAAGCCGUCUAAAGAGAAGGAGAAAGAGAAAGCAAAAGUAAAAUCAGCUCCAAAAAGUGUUGGUCCGCAAUUGUUAAGCUUUGCCGAAGAUGAAGAGUAUGCUGCAACCCGAGAAACAAAAAGCACUUCGUUCUCGGGCAAGUCCUCCUCUAGGAGAGAAAAGUCGAAGUCUAAACCAGGAGGAAAAUCUAGUGGAGGUACUUUGUUGAGCUUCGAUGAUGAUGAGAAAUUCGGGAAUGGUUUUAGCACACAGAAGGUUAAGAAGAAGUCUUCGGGUCUGGGUUUAGGGCAUGGAAGUAGUCAAAGAUUGGGCUUUGGCAGGGAGAAAUCUGCAGCGAAUUUGUCACUUCAAUCGAAUGUGCAACCUCAAGCUGGCGAGUAUACGAAAGAAAAGCUUGCCGAACUGCAACGAAAUACUGUUCGUUUGGGGGGCCCUAUACCACCAGUAGAUAACAAGCCCACUGAACCAGUGGUUGUAUUGAAGGGUCUUGUAAAGCCCGUUGGGGUACUCAACGCGAACCUCACAGAUGGAAUUGAUAGAGAUUUGUUGGGAGAUGCCAGCAUUCAGGAUGCCAAGGACAGGAUCGAUAGGGCACGGGAUAGAGACGAUAGGGAUCGAUUAAGAAGAGACAAAGAUGAUGCCGAGAGUCGGCUUGGGUUGAUGGGCAUUGGAGCUGGAGCAGAAAGUGGCGGAGUCACCCACAUACCUGAUGCAGCAGCCAUUGCCGCCGCGAAAGCUAUGAGAGAAAGAGCUCGACAAGCUCAGUCUGCACCUGACUACAUUGCCCUGGCGCCUGGUGAUGGAGCUGAUAUGAGAAGCAAACUUCGUGAUUCUGGUCUCAGUCGGGAUCAGGAGGACGAUGUCGAAAGACAAGAAGAUGAUUCAAGUGCAGACGAAGGAGAAAUCCAGGGAAGACUUGCCUUCAUGGGCGAGAAAAUUACGGCUCCCAAGAAAAGAACUGGAGUGUUCGAAUCGGCGGAAGAAAGAGUGGCCGAAGGGAGACCUACUCUAGAACCAAGGGAUGAGGAUGAAGAAGAUGAGGAACGUAGAUGGGAAGAGGAGCAGCUUCGUAAAGGUUUUGGUAAACGAGUCGAGGAGACUCCCGCUCGCAGUGCUGCCGCUCCAGUCGGAACUUCUCAAGUACAGGGUCCAGGGAGCACGACUGUUGUUGAACCAGUCACAAGUGGUGGUGGUGCAGGGUGGGGAUUCGGAAGAGCCUUGGAGGGACUUUCAGUUACUCAGCAGGCUGAAGCUGCGAUGCGAAGCCUCCAAGAAAGUGCCCAAAGAUUGCGGGAAACGCACACGAGAACUCAAUCAGAGCUGUACAGAACGCAGGAGAAUCUCACAUCAUCUGUUCAGACUGUCAGUGCACUUGAGAAAACUUUGGCAGCCGCUGGUGAGAAAUAUAUAUACAUGCAAGAACUUCGAGACUACAUAUCUGUCCUAUGUGAUUUUCUGCAGCACAAAGCCCCUGUAAUAGAGGAGCUUGAAGAGCACAUGCAAAGGCUUCAUGAAGAACGAGCAAAUGCCAUCACCGAGAGAAGGGUUGGCGACAAUGCAGAUGAAUUGGCAGAAGUAGAAGUUGCUGUUGGGGCUGCAAAGGCAGUUCUGAGUAAAGGGGGAGGCACUGCUAGUGCAACAGCGGCAGCAGUGGCCGCAGCAGCCGCACUUUCUGCUAGAGAGGUCUCCAAUAUGGCCCCUCAAUUGGACGAGUUCGGCAGAGAUGUAAAUCUUCAAAAGCGAAUGGAGAGUCGGCUACGGGCACAGCGGAGACAAGCUCGAGCUUCCAAAAAGCGAGCUAAUUCUAUGUCUUCCAACAACGGCGAUGGUACCGGUCAACCUGUGGAAGGGGAGUCUAGCAGUGAUGAAAGUGAAAGUGAAAUGAGUGCGUAUCAGUCUCGCCGCGAAGAAGUUUUAGAGACGGCAAAAAGCGUUUUCAGAGAUGCAGCAGAAGAGUUUGCACAACUUACUAAAGUGAAAGAAAAGCUGGAAGGCUGGAAGGCUCAAUUUUCUUCAGCUUAUCGUGAUGCUUACGUGUCACUAAGUGCACCAGCUAUUUUCGCUCCCUAUGUAAGACUUGAACUUCUGCAAUGGGAUCCCCUGUAUGGUGAUGCCGGUUUCAGCAACAUGCACUGGUAUCGCCAGUUGUACGAGUAUGGUAUGCCACCCAAUGGAAAGGAGCUGGAACCGAAUGAUACAGACGGAGAUCUUGUUCCGAAAUUAGUGGAGAAGGUUGCCUUGCCGGUACUUCAUCAUGAAAUUGCUCAUUGCUGGGACAGAUUGAGCACCGAAGGCACCCGGCAUGCAGUUGCAGCUGUCAUGGAUAUUCUUAUCUAUGUUCCAGCUACUAGUGACUCUUUGCAAGAACUUCUGGGAGCUGUCCGCUCUCGUAUGGCUGAAGCGGUCACAGCUAUGGAGGUCCCUGCAUGGUCGCUGCAUGUAAUGACUGCAGUACCUAAAGCUGCGCCCAUUGCUGCUCAGAAGUUUGGCACUGCCAUACGCCUUCUUCGCAAUAUAGCAAUGUGGAAGGACGUGCUUGCCCUGCCUGUCCUAGAACAACUUGCGCUAGAUGAACUUUUGUCCAGUAAAAUUUUGCCGCACUUGCGGACGCUAUUAACAACAUUACACGAUGCAGUGACAAGGACGGAACGAGUCUGUAGUGCCUUGUCUGGUGUUUGGGUUGGCCCUAAUCGGGAACUGAGCCCAAAGCUUGCAUCGUUUGUGGAAUAUGUAAUCUUACUCUCUCGAGCAGUAGAAAAGAAGAAGGAUGGAGGUGCAAGCCCUGAAGAUACAAUAGGAUUAGCCAGACGUGUUAAAAAAAUGCUGGUUGAGCUGAACGAGUAUGAUAGAGCUCGUCAUUUAGCCAAGCACUUCCAGCUUAAAGAAGCUUUGUAGGGUUUGCCCUCACUUCAGUCAAUUGACUUUUGAGGCUUUAUCAAUGAUGAGUUGUGAUUACCCCUCAUAUGUGGGACAGUUGCAAAUUAGUCAACCAUUAUCAAUGACCUGAAACUUUAGGAUGUGCCGUAUCUGAGCUGCUGAAAUGUAUCUGAUUGGUGCUGAUAAUCCAUCAAACCUAGUAAAAGCCAUGCCUCGGUCAGAUACACUAUCUCCUAAGCUUCUUAUGGUCGUAUUCUUGUGCUUUGGAUUAUUCCUUGUAUCGGUAAAACUUUAGCAUGGAAAGUACUGUUACUGCAUCUGC